CAGCAGCAUAGCUAUGGUUUAUGCCCAGUCAUCAAACACGGUUGGCGUCAAUCCCUCCCUAUACUCUCCAUCUUUCACGUAUCAGAUGUCAUUUAACUACUCCAAGAGGGAAAACUCAACUGUCCUGGAAGCCUUACCCACAACCCCCGUGAGCAGCCUCGAGGGCUCGUCCUCCGGCCAGCCAAACCGGACCUUCACCUCCUAUGAGCUGACUUCAGGCGAGGUCGCCAUCCUGGGCUUGGUGUUUGGGGUUCUCUGGCUGGUCUCCAUCCUGGGAAAUGCCCUCGUCUGCCUGGUCAUCCACCGGAGCCGACGGACUCAAUCCACCACCAACUACUUUGUGGUGUCUAUGGCCUGUGCAGACCUGCUUAUGAGCCUGGGUUGCGCCCCCUUCGUCCUCCUGCAGGUCGCCUCAGGACGAUGGCCGCUGAGUGCUGCUGCCUGCAAAGCUAUACGCUACCUGCAGCACCUGUGCCCGGGUGUGCAGGUGUGCGUUCUGCUUUCCAUCUCUGUAGACCGCUUCUACACGAUUGUCUACCCCCUCAGCUUCAAGGUGUCCAGGGAGAAAGCAAAGAAGAUGAUCCUGGCCUCAUGGCUGUUUGAUGCAACCUUCCUCUUGCCCUGCCUCUUCUUCUACGGGUCCACAUCUACAGACAGCAGUCAUUGUGACUUUUUCCUUCCGGACAACUGGGGCAGUAUAGCCUACGCUGCCGUUCACCUGCUGUUUGGUUUUCUGGUCCCAGUAGCGUUGGUUGUGUUGUUCUACCAGCGGGUGGUCCGCUACAUCUGGAGGAUCAGCGCUGAUGGCCACACGGUGCGCCGGACAAUGAACAUCGUCCCACGGACUAAAGUCAAGACCAUCAAGAUGUUCCUCAUGCUAAAUUCAGUUUUCUUUCUCACCUGGACGCCCUUCUACGUCGCUCAGCUGUGGCACCCGAGGGAGUCCGAUGGACCCAGCAGGCAGGGGCUCCUGUUCUUCACAGCCAUCGCCUGGAUCUCCUUCAGCUCCACAGCAUCCAAACCAACCCUGUACUCGGUCUACAAUGCAAACUUCAGGAGGGGCAUGCGGGAGACCUUCUGUAUGUCGUCCAUGAAAUGCUACCGCAGUAAUGCGUACACCAUCACAGCGAGCUCUCGGAUGGCCAAAAAGAACUACGUUGGGGUGGUGGACAUCCCAGUGCAAGCAAAAAUGGUCACCAAGGACUCGGUUUAUGAUAAAUUUGACCGAGAGGCGAAGGAAAAGAAGGUAGCCUGGCUCACGAAUGCCAAUCCGCCAAACACCUUUGUGUAAAUGACCUUGGACGAUUUUGAAAUUGUGAACAUACGAAAAUAGACCUGUGUGAAACUUUAUUCAUCAUCAGCACGUCAGUGUUGGCAGGUGAGCUAGCUGGAGGCUUACAGGCUAGCCCUGUAUUCAACCAACAGAAGCAGAAUGUGUUCAGUUUGCAUAAAGGGCUUUUUUUUCUGAUGUAACAAGCCUUCUGGCGGCCAUAUUGGAGGUUCUCAACAGCUGUGAACAGCUAGCCGGUUUUUAUACUAUAGAUUUAAUCAUAGUUUAUUUCUGUGCCGUGUUUUGAUGGAUUGUUUAGCCAUUGAUGCGUCAGAUUUUGUCUUUCGAUAAUGUCAGCUUGUUAGCUAGCUAACCAUAGUCUGUGGCCAUCUGUCAGUGACCUGUUGUGUCUGAUUUGCUGCAGUAAUGCAUGGGGUAGAAGCUAACGUUAGUAGCCGUUUGUUAACAUUGACAUCAUUUGCUUUGCUGAAUUAAGAGUAAUGGUGAGCUAACAAAGCCCUAAAUGUCCAGUCUGUUCAGGUUAACUGUGCGGACUCGUCUCAAAGUAAAACUCACAACAAAGAGUAAAGAUUAUAGAGCUGCUAAGUGGGAGGAGGAACAGGAGUUUUCAGAGCAGCUGGAUCAGUUUUGUAUGUAGUUACAUUUGGUAACUACAUACAGUAGGGUCUGAAAGACCACCUUCCCGCUCAGAGUGGUCUCAGACUUUUGGACCCCUGUAUAUGGCUUCAAAAUGGCUUCAAAUUCUCACUCUCAGUAUUUCCACAUGGCAAGUACAGUGUGGUUGGAAAAGAUCUUGGUAAGGGUAAAUUACUUGGACGUGAACCCCGGUCUCCUGCAUUAAAUUCGGAUUUUUUCCAAAUCCCGACCUCCACCCCCUUAGUUUUCACCUUUCCACAUAAAGGACACAUAACACUCUCCAUCAGUCGUGAGGUGCUCAAUCCUCCGAUAUGGACAUAAUCCCUUGGGAUAUGGGCUGGAGGCUAAGUUAAAGUAAUUUAAACUGAUUGCCAUAACAUACAGCUUAUAGUAUGGCUCAAUUAUCCAGAAGAGUCCUGUGUUUCUACCUUGACAAACACAGAGAUCGUUAAAGAAAUGGGAGUUUGGAGUAAAGGAUAACGCUUCUAAAACCAGUGGCUCAUCCCACUUGGUAAGUUUACAGCAAGCCCAAGUCCUGCCCUGCUUCAAGACCAGCUUCUUAGCUGCUAGUUGCUACAGUUAAAAAUACCCGCUCAUUAUAUUUGAGUUUUUAAGACAAAACUAUGUGUCGUAAAUAUUAAUUUAACUGACGUUUAUACUACACGUUGCCUGAAGUUCAGCUGCAGUGGAAAUUCCUUAGUUUUUUUGAUCAACAAAUAAAACCUCACCGACUCAGCACAAACAUCUUUCUACCUGACGUCCAAAGACCAGACCUGGAAAAUAAAGAGGACCAUCCUCUAUCUACUCAACGAUUUCCCCCCGUCUUUCUAAGAAACGCUGACGUAUACUGACGUCUGUUUAUGAACUCUUAAGAUUCUUCUUAACUCGAAUGUAAUGAGCAGCUACUUCAUUAACUGUAGCAACACUUUCUACAUUUCCCCAAUAAUUAAUAACUGUUUGCAUUGGCCUUUCUUGGAAAAAUCCUUGUGAUUUACAGCCAAACACAAGAGGAUCUUUAGGAAAUUAUGAGAUGUCCCGAGACAGCCACUGUACAUGGACUGGUUGACCUAGGUAACAUUUUCCUGUGACCGAGUUUACGUCUUCAUCCAACGGAUGAUAAAGAGCUAAGAUGAGAGCAGUUAUGUUCUUCAUCCCUCUGUCUGUUUUGUAUUUUGGUUUGUAAUGAACAUAUAGCCCAGUGUGGCUGCAACGAUUAUUCGAUUAAUCGAAUAGCUGAUGGACAGAAAAUCCAUCGGCAGCUGUUUUGAUAUUCGAUUAAACGUUUCUGUCAUUUAAAUUCACUGGUCUCAGCUGCUCAGAUGUGGAAGUGUGUUGCUUUUUUGUGUCUUCAUGGUGCAGAAAACCUGGGUUCUGGACUGUGAGUCAGACAAAACAAAGCAUCUGGUGACAUUACCUUGGUCUUCAGCGAGCUGCGACCAAACAACUAAUCGAUUAAUCAAGAAAGUAAUCAGCAGAUCGAUCGAUAAUAAAAAAAUGAUCAUUAGUUACUGCCUUGAAUUUGAUGCUGGACGAGUUUGUAGAGUUUUCCAGACUUUAAGUUAAAGCGACUCUGUCCAGAAGCUGCUGCUGCUGCACCAGAGUCUGUUCAGGUCGAGGCAGAUUCACCUGUCCAAAGAGGCUCCUUACCUGCUCAGUUCUGACGCUUUACCUGCUUGUAAAAAAACACAUCGACAUUGUGUGAUGAAACACCUGUGAAACGUCUUUGAAGCUUUCUGUAACCUGUCAGAUAUACUGUGAUUUAAAAGGUCCAUGCUUUAUACUUAAAUUCUGUUUAAACACAAGACGCACACGUGGUUCUAAUGUUUUGAAGUUUGUCUAGACAAUGUGCUACUGUAUGUACAAAUAAAUUAUUCUUUUAUCAUUUCAAAUAUACUUAGUAAAAUCAGCAAAAAGCAAAGACAUAAAUGGCCUCAAUGUGUUUCCUGUGUUCAUCCACAUGGUUGUAGACGGCGCGUCCCGACAGACCCGGUAGCUUCGCUGUGGUUUAGCGUUGAAUGGCUCAAAGUCACGUGUCCACUUCAACCUGCUGUUGUGUCCUGUAGAAAUCACCUGAACGCCCUCAGAGGUCACUGUAUCUGAGGUUUAACUUAAACAAACCACACACCUGGUACAAGUGAGGUUUAGGGUCAUAAAGCUCAGAUCGUAACAUUUUCAGUUUCUAGGAUCUUUCAUCAAACUGUUGUGUAAAUACAUGA